AGUGACGGAGUUCGAAACGCUGAGCUGUCCGGUGGAUGAUCCAACGGUGGAUUCGUCGGAAAGAAGGUGAAUCCUCCGAUUCACAACCAAGGAUCUAUGUCCUCCAAUUAACAACAGUUUCUUCUCAGCUCAAAUACCCAUGCUCUCCUACGCACUCCUCCCAUUCUUGAGAUCUCCACUCUCCAACCGCAAUGACAGCCCACCAGAAUUCCGAUUCCACUGCCUCCCAGUUUGAUAACUCAAAGCAGAGGAGAAAGCUCCUCCUCCUCCUCCUCACCUCCUUCCUCCUCCUCGCCGCCGUCAUCGCCACGGCCUCCACCCUCUUCGCCCGCCGCGCCGUCACCUCCCACGAGCCCACCGUCUCCCAUGCCAUCCUCCGCUCCUCCUGCCGCUCCACCCGCUAUCCCGACCUCUGUUACUCCGCCGUCGCCGCCACCCCGGCACUGAUCCAGACCAUCUCAAAACCCAAGGACGUCAUCCACGCCUCCAUCAACCUCACCAUCACCGCCAUCCAGCGCUCCUUCCGCCACGUCGAGCGGCUCUCCGCGUCCUACCCCAACCUCACCACGCGGGAGCGUACUGCCCUCCAUGACUGCCUCGAGAUGUUCGACGAAUCACUCGACGAGCUCAACCUCACCGACGCCGACCUCCGGGCAUAUCCCGCCGGCAAGCCCCUCCGUCGGCAUGCCCUCGACCUUGAGAUUCUGGUCAGCGCCGCCAUGACCAACCAGGAGUCGUGCUCUGAUGGCUUCUCCUACGAGGACAUCGAGGGCCGCCUCCGCCGCGAGAUCCGCUCCGAGCUCACGCACGUGACCCGCAUGUGCCGCAACGCCCUCGCCAUGAUCAAGAACAUGAUCGACGCCGACAUUGCUGCUGCGGAGGCGGAGGCGGGGGCGGACGGCGGGGCACUCAACCAGGGACGGCGGAUGUCGGGUUUCGACGUCGAUGAGGAGGGUUUCCCGGAUUGGAUGGAGAAGAAGGAUAGGAGGCGGCUGCUGCAGGCCGCGGGGGAGGUGCAAGUGAAUGCGGUGGUGGCAGCGGACGGGAGCGGGGAUUACAAGACAGUGGGGGAGGCGGUGGCUGCGGCGCCGGCAAAGAGCACGACGAGGUGGGUGAUACGAAUAAAGGCGGGGACGUAUGAAGAGAAUGUGGAGGUGCCCAAGAAGAAGACGAAUUUGAUGUUCAUCGGAGACGGGAGGACGGCCACCAUCAUCACCGGCAGCCGGAACGUCAUGGACGGGAGCACCACCUUCCAUUCCGCCACCUUAGCCGUUGUAGGGACAGGGUUCCAAGCCCGCGGCCUCCGUAUCGAGAACACGGCCGGCCCGUCGAAGCACCAGGCGGUGGCCCUCCGCGUGAGCUCCGACCUCUCGGCCUUCUACGACUGUGACCUCAUCGGCUACCAGGACACCCUCUACCUCCACUCCCUCCGCCACUUCUUCCGCAGCUGCCUCAUCCAGGGCACCGUCGACUUCAUCUUCGGCAACGCCGCCACCGUCCUUCAGGACUGCGACAUCCAGCUCCGCCGCCCCAACCCCAACCAAAAGAACAUGGUCACCGCCGAUGGCCGCGACGACCCCAACGAGCCCACCGGCAUCACCAUCCACCGCUCCCGCAUCGCCGCCGCCCCCGACCUCGAGCCCGUUAAGAGCUCGUUUCGGUCGUACCUCGGGAGGCCAUGGAAGGAACACUCAAGGACGGUGAUAAUGGAGUCGGACAUCGGUGACGUGAUCGAUCCCGCCGGGUGGCACGAGUGGAAUGGACCCUUCGCGCUCGACACAUUGUACUACGGGGAGUAUAAGAACACCGGGGCCGGUGCCGGCACCGCAGGCCGGGUCAAGUGGAACGGAUACAGGGUUUUGACCGAUGUCAGAGAAGCAGAGCAGUUUACUCCGGGGAACCUUCUUGGGGGUUCGAAUUGGUUGGGUUCUACUGGAUUUCCCUACUCCCUGGGUCUGUCAUCUUGAUCCGUUGUGGUGGUGUCUCAAUGCACUAUACUGGAGUUUUCUUCUAUAUGCAUAUUUGCAUUACGUGCCUGGCAAUAAGAGUGUUAUGAAUCCUUUUUAUUGUGUUCCAUCCGGUUGAGUUGGAAUUUUGAUCUGACCUGCAUCUAUAGUAGUUAAUCAACUUCAGUUUUUCUCCCUUCUUCUA